CCGGCGUCGCGCGCUCCCCCCGGGGUGCCAUGGCCUCGCGGCUCCUGCACCGGCUGCGGCACGCCCUGACUGGCGACGGCCCCGGGGAGGCGGCGGCCGGCCCCGAGGCCGAGCAGUUCCCGGAGAGCUCGGAACUGGAGGACGACGAUGCCGAGGGCCUGUCGUCCCGCCUCAGCGGCACCUUGAGCUUCACCAGCGCCGAGGACGACGACGAGGAGGACGGCGAGGACGACGACGACGCUGACCCCGACCCGCUGUCCGCUGGCGACCGGGUGGCGGGAGAAGACGCAGGCCCAUCCUGUGCUCAAGCAGAACGGAGUCCCCCACCUGAUGGGCAGCGGGGCAGUCAGCUCCUGACCCGGCAGUUGCAAGAUUUCUGGAAGAAGUCCCGGAACACCCUGGUACCCCAGCGGCUGCUCUUUGAGGUGACCAACGCCACCGUGGUUAAGGACCCACCCUCCAAGUACGUGCUCUACACCCUCGCCGUGAUGGGCCCGGGGCCACCGGAUAGCCAGCCGGCCCAGAUCUCCCGCCGCUACUCGGACUUUGAGCGGUUGCACCGAAACCUGCAGCGGCAGUUCCGGGGCCCCAUGGCUGGCGUCUCCUUCCCCCGCAAGCGCCUGCGCCAGAACUUUACCGCCGAGACGAUCGCCCGCCGCAGCCGGGCCUUCGAGCAGUUUCUGGGCCACCUCCAGGCUGUGCCUGAGCUGCGCCAUGCUGCGGACCUGCAGGACUUCUUCGUGCUGCCCGAGCUGCGGCGGGCACAGAGCCUCACCUGUACCGGCCUCUACCGCGAGGCCCUGGCGCUCUGGGCCAACGCCUGGCAGCUACAGGCCCAGCUGGGCAUCCCCUGUGGCCCAGACCGACGUCUGCUAACCCUGGCGGGGCUGGCCGUGUGCCACCAGGAGCUGGAGGACGCCGGGGAGGCCCGGGCAUGCUGUGAGAGGGCCCUGCAGCUGCUGGGGGCCGAAAGCCCGCACCCUCUGCUGGCCCCCUUUCUGGAGGCCCAUGUGCGGCUCUCCUGGCGCCUGGGCCUGGACAAACGCCACUCUGAGGCCCGGCUCCAGGCCCUGCAGGAGGCAGGCCUGACCCCCACGCCACCUCCCAGUCUUAAAGAGUUACUCAUCAAGGAGGUGCUGGACUAGUGUCACCUAGAAAGGCCACUGUGGGAGAGGCGCCGCCCCUGGAUGGGGGGGCGGGGUGGGCUGGGGGGCUGACGAGGACACGGACAGCUGCUGAGAGGCUCUCUGGGGUGCUGGGAACCCCAAGAAGGUCCACAGAGAAUUUGCAGCAGACCAAGGAAACGUGCUGCUUCUGUUGAGCUGCACUCAGGACAAGCUGGGAUGGUGUAGGGAGAAAGUCUGACGCUGCCUCUCCAGCUUAUGAAUACCUGGGGGCCGUUGUGACCCAGGUCAGGGUCGAUGGUCUGUCUUCCUGCAGGCCAGCCUGGCUGAAGGGCCAGGGACUGUGGCUGUGGAGUCCUGGAGCUGAUGGCUGGAGGGAGGGCUGCAAUCCUGGCCCAGGGGCAUUAAAGGGCAGCAGCUCCCGUG